AUGACAAUUGGUCCCAAAAUGUGCAGUCGGCCGGCGGAGAGCCAGCGGGUGUCGCCGGAAUCCAAGGUCAUGAUGGAGGAGGGCCUUCCCCCGGGGUUCCGGUUCCACCCGACGGACGAGGAGCUCAUCACUUACUACCUCAGCCGCAAGGUCUCCGACUUCUCCUUCGCCACCCGCGCCAUCGCCGACGCCGAUCUCAACAAGUGCGAGCCAUGGGACCUUCCAAGCAAAGCUAGCAUGGGGGAGAAAGAGUGGUACUUCUUCAGCAUGCGCGACCGGAAAUACCCGACCGGCAUCCGCACGAACCGCGCCACCGAAUCCGGCUACUGGAAGACCACCGGCAAGGACAAGGAGAUCUUCCACGGCGGCAGGCUCGUCGGCAUGAAGAAAACCCUAGUCUUCUAUGGAGGUAGGGCUCCUAAGGGCGAGAAGACCAGCUGGGUCAUGCACGAGUACAGGAUCCAGAACAAGUUCCCAUACAAACCCAACAAGGAGGAAUGGGUGGUGUGCAGGGUGUUCAAGAAGAGCCAGAUAGUGAAGAUGAGGCACCCACACGACAGCCCCGAGAUGGACUCCCCAUGCAACGAAGCCCACGCCUCCCUCGGCGAGCUCGGGGAGAUCGACGUCUCCUCCAUGCUCGGCGGUUUCGCCCCGGCCGGUGCGAACGCUUCCGGCGACAACUUCGGCCACCGGAUCGACAUGGGCGCGUACAUGAACUGGCUGGCGGCGGCAAACCAGGGCGCGGCCGCCAUGCUCCCAUGGGCGGCUGCGGCGGCGCCGGGGUUGCUCGGCACCGUUUUCUCUGCGAACCCCGCCAUGCAGAAGGCACUGGCGCCGUUCGCCGGGUGCAGCCAGCUGCCGAGAGACGUCGGCGGUGACGCCUUGUUCGGGAACGCCAUGGCGAAGGUGGACAUGGAGUGCGAGCAGCCGCCGCAGCUGGAAAUGCACGAGUCCACAUGGAGAACCUUCUGA